AUGUCUGCACAGACGGAGACUGCCACCAGCUACGUCUCCCCCACCUCCAUCCCCCACACCAUUGAUCAUGACAAGACAGCCGUUGAUCUCAAUCAGAGCAACAAAGAGAGCACUCCGUUCGGCCCUGCAUCUCCUUCUUCUACGGCAUCCCUUCAGUCCGAAGAUGCUUUUCCCAAACAUGAAGAAGCUCAACCUGGGGGUAUUCCGAUGAGCAAGAAGCGCAAAUGGUUUUUAUUAUUGAUUUUCAGUGUUGCUCAGUAUCUCGAUGGUGUUGCUGUUUGUGGCCUCUUUGUCGUCACCGACUCUAUCCAGGGGGACUUGAAGAUUGAAUACGAAAACUCUUCAUGGGUCGUCACGAGCUAUUCUGUCACGUUUGCUUCCUUCCUCAUGUUUUGGGGUCGAGUCUCAGACCUGUAUUCUGCCAAACAAGUUUUUGCUUGA